GCUCUUUAAUCCCGGCGCUGGACGUCGUCUUGAAAACGGAACUCGAGCCGCCGUCUUCACACACCGCGUCGUACGUCCAGCGGCCGGAUUUUUGGAGGCGCUCUCGCGCCGGAGGGACGGGGCAGUGCCAUCCUGGUGAACUUUCUGGAAAUGGAGGGCGAAGGAGGAGGCGCCGAGAGGCCGAUGAAGUACGUGCUGGUGACGGGCGGCGUGGUGAGCGGGCUGGGGAAGGGCGUCACCGCAAGCAGCGUCGGGGUCGUCCUCAAAUCCUGCGGGCUUCGUGUUACUUCCAUCAAAAUAGAUCCGUACUUGAAUACAGAUGCAGGGACAAUGUCUCCUUUUGAACACGGAGAGGUUUUUGUUCUUGAUGAUGGCGGCGAGGUGGAUUUGGACCUUGGAAACUAUGAACGCUUUUUGGAUGUUACUCUUACUAGAGAUAAUAAUAUUACCACCGGAAAGAUUUAUCAGUCUGUCCUUGAGAAAGAAAGGAAGGGUGACUAUCUCGGAAAGACUGUGCAGGUUGUGCCUCACAUCACUGACGCCGUAAAGAAUUGGAUUGAAUUAGUAGCAUCUGUACCUGUUGAUGGCAAAGAAGGGGCAGCUGAUGUUUGUGUGAUUGAAUUGGGUGGAACUGUUGGUGAUAUUGAGUCAAUGCCAUUUAUUGAAGCUUUACGCCAGUUAUCUUUUUCUGUAGGUAAAGAAAAUUUCUGCCUCAUUCAUGUGAGCCUUGUUCCAGUACUUGGUGUAGUCGGUGAGCAAAAGACAAAGCCAACACAACACAGUGUACGAGAACUAAGGGCUUUGGGUUUGACUCCUGACCUAUUAGUUUGUCGUUCUUCUCAGCCUAUACAAGAAAAUACUAAAGUCAAACUUUCACAAUUUUGUCAUGUCUCGGUUUCUAACAUCUUGAAUAUCCAUGAUGUUCCAAACAUUUGGCAUGUUCCACUUCUACUCCGGAGUCAAGGUGCACAUGAAGCUAUUGUAAAACAAUUGAAUCUUUUCAGUAAGGCAACUCCUCCUGAUUUAAUGAGUUGGACACAGAUGGCAGAAACAUAUGAUAACCUCACUAACUCAGUUAAGAUUGCUAUGGUUGGGAAGUAUACUGGCCUAACUGAUUCAUAUUUGUCUGUGACAAAGGCUCUUUUACAUGCCUGUGUUGCAUGCUCAUUGAGGCCAUCUAUUGAAUGGAUUGCAGCGUCAGACCUUGAAGAUGAGAGUGCAGCAGUAACACCGGAAGCUCAUGAGCUGGCAUGGCGAAUGUUGAAGGGUUCUUCAUGCAUUCUCGUUCCCGGUGGUUUUGGUGAUCGUGGAGUGCAAGGAAUGGUAUUAGCAGCAAAAUAUGCCAGGGAACACAAAAUUCCAUACCUUGGCAUUUGCUUGGGAAUGCAGAUUUCUGUGAUUGAGAUCUCUAGAUCGAUUUUGGGUUUACAAAGAGCAAACAGUGAAGAGUUUGACCCUCAAACACCAGACCCUGUUGUAAUCUUCAUGCCUGAGGGUUCAAGAACACACAUGGGAAGUACAAUGAGACUGGGGACCCGGAGAACUUUCAUCAAAGAACCUGAUUGUAUCACUUCUAAACUCUACAAAGGUGCUGCUUAUGUGGAUGAACGACAUCGACACAGAUACGAGGUGAACCCAAACUACCUCGGGAAGUUGUCAAGUACAGGGCUCGAGUUUGUUGGCAACGAUGAAAGUGGGACUCGAAUGGAGGUCUUGGAGCUUCGUGACCAUCCCUACUACAUAGGAGUGCAAUUUCAUCCAGAGUUUAAAUCAAGACCAGCAAAACCUUCUGCUUUAUUUUUAGGUCUUAUAUUGGCCGCAACUGGACAACUACAAUCCUAUUUAGAUAGACUGAGAUUCUAACUCAGGCUAAGGGUGUGCUUCCGAAGCGAGAGAGAGAGUUAAAGUUUGUUGUUUGUUCUCUAAUUUGAAUUGCUCAAAGUUGAGGUUGCUCCCUGCUUACAUUUCUUUCUUGAAUUAGAGUAGAAAACAAAAAAGAAGAAUAUAUAUGGAACUCAAUAGAGCAUAGUUGCCUCAAGGUUUGCUUAACUUUAUGGUGUACCAAUUGUGCAGUGUAAUCAACCAUUCAGUUUUGUAGUUUACUUGAAUUCCAGUUUAAUUAGCAGUUGCAAUUUAAUUA